AUGACAUCUUUUUUGUCACAGAAUCAGUUCAGCUUGUACACAGGUCAUGAGAUCUUUUUGUCACAGAAUCAGUUCAGCUUGUACACAGGUCAUGAGAACUUUUUGUCACAGAAUCAGUUCAGCUUGUACACAGGUCAUGAGAACUUUUUGUCACAGAAUCAGUUCAGCUUGUACACAGGUCAUGAGAACUUUUUGUCACAGAAUCAGUUCAGCUUGUACACAGGUCAUGAAAUCUUUUUUGUCACAGAAUCAGUUCAGCUUAAUCAGUUCAGCUUGUACACAGGUCAUGAGAUCUUUUUGUCACAGAAUCAGUUCAGCUUGUACACAGGUCAUGAGAACUUUUUGUCACAGAAUCAGUUCAGCUUGUACACAGGUCAUGAGAACUUUUUGUCACAGAAUCAGUUCAGCUUGUACACAGGUCAUGAGAACUUUUUGUCACAGAAUCAGUUCAGCUUGUACACAGGUCAUGAAAUCUUUUUUGUCACAGAAUCAGUUCAGCUUAAUCAGUUCAGCUUGUACACAGGUCAUGAGAUCUUUUUGUCACAGAAUCAGUUCAGCUUGUACACAGGUCAUGAGAACUUUUUGUCACAGAAUCAGUUCAGCUUGUACACAGGUCAUGAGAUCUUUUUGUCACAGAAUCAGUUCAGCUUGUACACAGGUCAUGAGAACUUUUUGUCACAGAAUCAGUUCAGCUUGUACACAGGUCGUCUAGUCACUCUCUUGGAAAAUGUGGUCGGCAACGCCAGUGUGGUGACCAUACUGGCCAUCAGCAUAGAGCGACACCGAGUGGCCUACAAUUUCUCGCCGGCCACGGCCAGCUAUUGCAGCGUGAUCAAGUCCUUCCUGGCCAUCUGGCUGACGUCACUCCUGGGCGCCUUGCCCAUUUUGUUUAUAACACAAUUCCAAAGCUCACAUUUCGCUGAUGGUACGCCAGUCCAGCGCUGUACGACUAACAUUGAUCAGACCUGGCACAAGGUCUACACAGUUCUGGGCAAUCUAAUAUUCUACAUCAUGCCUUUGUUUCUUAUUUUACUGCUGUAUACCAAAGUUUAUAUGAAAUUGAUGAUGUUAUUCAGACGAGAGCAAGAGAAGUUUAAAUACCCAAGGGAGAUAAUUCAUUUAAAACGUCAGAUGAUACAAAUCAUUAUUACAGUCGUGCUGGUCUUCUUUCUAAGUCAUACACCUUACAGAACCAUCGCCAUGUGGACCAUGUUCUCCCCCGCCCAUGAAGCUGAGACGAUGGACGCUGAAAGUUUUUUGACCAUGAUCUAUCUGACGAAGCUGUUGCUGUAUUCGAACCAUGCCAUCAAUCCAUUCGUGUACAACUUUGUCUCCAGAAAAUUUCGGCGGGCACUGGCCUGGAUUUGCUGUGUAAAACGUCACCGGAAUGCCAGGGGCGACGACUCGGCCAUCAAUCCCAAGCAUUUACUUAGAAAUGAUUCUUUGAGGCAACCAAGACACAGCCCGCCUCUGGACCGUUGCUAUGACUUGGAUUACUUCCUUCGGGACAAGGGGAGAGAAGAACAGGAAGUCUUGGACAGACACAGUCAGAGGAAUGACUUCAUGGUCCUGUACGAGCACCUCUUGUUGAAAUGACUAGUCACUGGCUCUGGACAUUGGGGCUACAAUUGGCGUGCGGCCAGUGUUUAGGACCUGGACAUAAAGACUGCCACAAGUCUCUCCCGGUCAGACUUUCGUUUCUUGAAAUGGGGGCCACACUUUCCUUUAUUGAUAUGGCUUACAGAAUCUUGUCUCGAGCUGCCAAAGUUUAGAGACAGUUCAAAAGGGAACAAGUCUCUUAAGACGGGUGUUUUUAACAUUGAAAGCGGUGAGUGUUUAGCUGCUCGAUAUUGGAGCUACAUCUGCAGAGCAUAACUCUAUGGACUUUUUACUUCCCAGGGAACAGUACACACACAAAUAAAAUGUAUGGAACGUUUAUCAAAAGACAAAAAGCAAGUUCAAGAUAACGAUCUGAUUUGAAAAUAGUUUCCCUCAGAGAGAGAAUGUUUUGAAUGAACUAAAUCAACUUAUCUCUUCCAAGCUUGUGCUAGACAUUUGACUGAAAGUGUUUUGAAUUCAGUUACUCAAAAUAAUCUGCUCAACACUAUUUAUUUCUCAAGUUGAUGUACAUUUAGUUCACUAUAGCGGAUUUAAGUGAAUUAUGAUGGAUCUAAUGAGGACAUUCUUGGAUGUGUUUACUGUUUCAGUGCCCUAUAAAUAUAUUGAAAUAAAUGAUAUUCUUAAAUGUGUUAAAAGUGAUAUAUUUUUGGUUGAAACAUAUAUACAUGUAACAGCCUGUUUGACAGUAGCCGAUGUUCCAGUCAUAGCAACUGUUGCUUAACAAUUUUUCUUGCAAAGCUGAUAGUCUCAUUUUUAAAAAGCUGGUAAUAUAAACUCGUCGGAAAUGUAAAGAAAACGUGUGUGUGUGUGUGUGUGUCUUGUGCAAGUGGGGGUGCUAUGUAAUAGUUUAUAUUGUGAUAUAUCAAGAUGAGUUUGUUUUAAUGAGCCUUAAAUGGACAUCUAAAAGUAAGUGUGGCAAUUUUAGUGUUGUUGUUUUAUUAUAUUGAGAUUAUUUGUUCUAUAUCUAAGUCACCGCAUUGUUGAAGAAGACAUCUAGUCGAAUUCUAGUAAGUAUUACAGUUUAUGACUUUGAAAUCUACUCCUUGGUUUAGGUACUGGAGCAUAGAGAGUUAUUUAGACCAGACUUUUGAUGGUUUCCGGUAGAACUUUGUUUCCAAGACGUAAUUCCAACCAAAAUUCAAAAGAAAAUAACUACUCCCUUAUUUACAUUCACAGACUUAUAUAUUAUAUCUAGACUGAAAAUCUUGUUUUUAUCUUGGGCAUGGCGAGUAUGUGAAUUAAAAUGAGCUUAUACACUAUAUGCCUCAUUAAUCUUGUUUAGUUCAUUUACAUACGCCCCUGUUUUUUACUUCUUCAAUUACUUAGACAGCUUGGACUAUUCUAUUAACCUGAUAGUAUUCUCUUUUGAUUUGUUAAUAAUGAGUUUUAUGUUUCAAGUUUAUUAGCAAUGUUUGGAUAGAAGCCAUUGUAACUAUAGCAGAUAGUCCCUCAUGUGACAGUAUCUUUGUAUUUGAUUAACAUGAAAUAAUGUUCCAUACAUUUUAAAGCUAAAAAUGUUAUGUAAAUAUAUUUCAGGGCUUCAAUGUACGUUACCUUAGUUUCAUACACAAUACUAGAGACCUGUUAUUCUUGUUUUUUUAAUGCACAUUUGUCUAGUCAAAAUAUUUACAAUUAAGGUCAUAAAAUUUGAAUCAAAGUUGUGAAUCAAAUAUGUUGUAUAAACAGACCUAUAUACAUUAUAUCUAAACUAGAAAACAGAAACAAAUUAUUAUCCAAUAAUGAUCUGAUCAAAGACAUAUCUAUACAGAUUACAAUAUACGUAACUCUUUUUUCAAGCUGUAAUGGAAAUCGCCCCGAAUCUAGGAAAAUCGAUUUUUUUUCUGCCUAAGAAAAGUUAUGAUCUUUGGUUUUCAAAAUUAAGAAAAAAUGCAAUACCAUUUUGCGGAUUUUAAAUGGAAUGGUCUAUUAUUACAAUUUAAUCACAGUACUAUAUAUUUACGCAAAUCUAUGAUGUAAAACCAUUUCCUGUUAGUUUCCACUGAGAUAAUGUUCUGAAAAUCCUAGAUCGAAAUAAUUCAAGUCUGUUGAUUUUAAUCAUCUUAUGAUUCUAGAUUUGACAUUUAAAUAUAUUGAUUACCUAGACCAUUCUAGAUCUAGAUCAUCUAUCUAAUAAUCGCAAAACAAUUUUUUAUAAGAAAUCGAGUGAUCUUAUUUUUUAUGUUAAAUUACAUAGGUUAGGGCUGAAAAAACAAUAACACUUUACUUCUUUUAACUACUUAACAAAACAACGCCUUGUUUCAGCUUUUUAGAGUUUUUCACGACACUUUGUGUAGUGUUAGAGAUCUCAAUGUCCAGUCUAGGUAAUAUUAUAUAUAUAUAUAUAUAUAAAAGGUCUUUGGUCGAAUCUUAUAUGUAAUUGUUAUUACUUGUCCUUACAGAAAUGAAAAUUAUAUCUUAUAUAUUACAGACGUUACUUCAAAAAAGAAGAGUGACCUAGCUAAGAUAAUAAAAUAUGAUGCCGUGUAAGACUUGAGUUAACGUAUAUAUAAAAUAUUUGUAUAAGUAGUUUUAUAAAUAUAUGGAUAGUAUUUGUUCGGUUUCUGAAUGUGACAGGAUUCAUUUACAAUGUGUAGCAAAGAGAGAUAAUUCAGACUCCAGGGCAUUACUUUUGUGUGUUUAUAGUUUCCCUUUGCUAAGGUCAGAAGUAGAGUGUCUGUAACUUGAUAAAACAAAGUCAUCAUUUACUGAAAUGUCAAUGUCAACAAUGAAAGAAGACAUACUAGUAUAUUUACAACUAAAUGGAAUCAAUGAAACAAGUCACACAAUGCACUUCAGUAAACUUAGCAAAUAGAAAAGAUCGAUCUAAUAUUUAUAAUUCUAACGUUACAUUUCAGAACCACAAAAAAAAAAAAAAAAUCUAGUCUUGAGUUUGGAAUAAGUGUGUAGUCUAAAAUAUAAAAAUAAUCCUGGUCAUUUGUUAAGUUCUGUGAGUAAAGAAAUUGUCAGGUCCCUACGAUAAGAUGCAUGAGGUAAACUGCGAUUUGAAAACACAUUUUCACAAGAACCUUUUGCUUGACCAGAACUUAAAAUACAUAAUUGUAGAACGUUAGGCUUAUUGACGUUUUUAUUUGCCACUGUAAACAAAGGCCUAUGUUACCAUGUCCUAUUAACAAAUAGUAACAAUGUUGUAAACAAUUAGUACUACUUGUUGACUGCAUGAUGACUACGUCACCGACGUGUUGACUGCAUGAUGACUACGUCACCGACGUGUUGACUGUAUGAUGACUACGUCACCGACGUGUUGACCGUAUGAUGACUACGUCACCGACGUGUUGACUGCAUGAUGACUACGUCACCGACGUGUUGACUGUAUGAUGACUAC